AUGUCACAAUCUACAGGACUUGGUUCAGAGUUGAACCAUUUGACUGCAUCUCAGCGUUCCGCAGUCCUUGAAAAGCUUAACCAAAUCCAGUACCAGGACACCAUGGACACAUACAACGGCCUCGUCGAAAGGUGCUUCAACGAGUGCGUUUCCGGCUUCAGAUCAAAGGAUCUUGACAAAAAGGAGACUCAAUGUGUGGAAUCCUGCGUAAAGCUUUUCUUUGACUUUUCACAAAGGGUCUCUACAAGGUUUGCAGAGAAACAAUCUAAGAUUUGA